AUGACCAUGUUGGCUAUCCAACUACUUAAAACUCAUGCUGGCAGCGUCCCCCUACUAGCCCGAGCUAAUAUGUCUCCCCACCCUCUACCUCAACCAAGACUUCCAAUGGCAGGAAGUGGUUCACAAUAUCCCGUAACACUCUCCCUUGUCCAGUUAGAAACGGCACGCCUCCUGACAGAUGAUGAUAAAGCCCCAGCUGCUUGUUCUAGUGCCAACAGCCUAGUUCUCAGUAACAGCAGUCUGCUUCUCAAAGUGCCAUUGUUGUCAUUUGCGUCAGCUAAAGGUGACGAUGCUUGA